UUAAAUGUAUAUUACACAUCUAAUGUAGAUAUGCCAAUAAUGAUAUCAUUAUGGCUAUGAAACGACAUAUAUACCCCGUGACUCGAAUUAGCUUGGGCCAUGCGGAAAACCGCGACUCGAGGGAGUCGCUGGGAAGUUGACCUUCUGUAUGUAAAGGAAUAACCUGUUUUUCCAACGAGGUUUCAGUGACUUCGAGAUCGCUCCUGUUUGGCCAUUCGGAUUGAGCGCGAGACUACCACUCUGGUCCAUGCUACCAGAAGGUGGAGGAGCGAAGAUCCUGUCCGCGCAGGCCGUGCGAAGCACAGUCUGCGGGAUUUUCCGCAGUGGUAACGUGCCUCCACUCUACUUGAGGAAGUCGCCUGUGAAUAUCCGUGACACGGUUUGCGACGAACGUUUUCCACGUUGGCGGAUGGCAGCGCAGCCACGCUAAUACCACCGUAGAAUCGGCCCAGUAAAAGUAUCAGAUACUCCCGAAUUUUAGAGUUGAAAGCACAAAUUCAAAAAGUCGAGAUAAUAAAGCUGCCGCUUGUAAUUCGAGGCGUGGAAUUGUCAACUGGGCAAGUGGAGCGACUCGCGAUUUGCCUGCUAGCAGCGAAACUGUUGUAUUUGCAUAUGAAUUAGAGCCUUUUAAGUAUAUGACCGUAGAGUAUGCGACGGUCGAUGCGUCAGCAAACCCAUGAAUUUCUAUGUUUUCCCAAUUUCGGGUGUAACUGAUCCAUCGAGGAAUUUUCAAACCGUUUAACUGCGAAAAAUUUGUAUAAAUGGCUUUCUAUUUGAAGAAUAGCUUGUCCGGGAUAGGGUCGUCCCAGUCAUUAUGGAGGCGCCAUAGGUACUAAAUUAGCACCUUGACAGAUAUUAUGGGGGGUAACCCAUCCGAGAAGGUCAUUGUUUGCGAGUUCACGAGUUCUGCGAGGUCCGAAAAUGAGACACGCCUUAAACGUAACAACACUUAACUCUAUUUUAGAAAUAGAAACAGAAUGUACAAGAGGAAAAAAUAUGUACAACGGUCACUGUACAAGUCGCGAGAGAGUCCUGCGUCGGCACAUACACUUAAUAUAAUACUGUACAUAGAACACUUAUGCUAAUCUUGUUCUAAAUUGAUAUGCGUGGACAAUAAACGAAGAGAACACGGCGCGGACUGAGAAAUACGCGUCGCGUGAAUAAAACUGAGGACUUGAAUCGCAAUACUCGCGUGGGCCGGAAACAUGUAGUUACACGGUGAGCGUACAAACAAGAAGAACAAGAAUCGAUCAUGGUGUUACGACCAGCCGCCUAAACGUACGUUAAUCGAAUUCUUCCCACGAUCGGACAAACAUCGUGUUACGGCCACCCGCCUAAACGAUCGAUAUUCGAACAAUUGAACUCCUCACGACCGGACACCUAAACAUCAUAUUACGACCACCUACUUAAGUAUUCGAUAAGACGCGUUCUCACGGACAUCCCACCUUGUCAAUUAUCGGCCCCUUCUCCACCAUCAACGACAUUAUAAAAGACCUUACCGGACAUAAGCGGAGUCAGUCGGGAUCAUAUUAUAAAAAUAAAGCGCUAAACCUUUAAAAGUGCUAUUCAUUUAAAAACCUGUGAACUUUUUACGUGACAUUUUGGCGAUCCUGCCAGGAUCCAUUCAACAUCACUUCCAAAGGGGGCUUUCUACGGAACUUCGGACGAAGGGACUACGAGUGCCACUCUGUCGUGAUACGUAGGGAUCCAACGAACCUAAGGUAAAAGCUGGCGUUUGAACAUUACCGAUUAAAACCACCCAGCAUUUCUUCUCAAAACUCUGACCUAUCCUCCUUAUCCUCUGAGUCCUCAAUAUCUUCAACAAUGACUGCCUCCGGACCUGCCGCACAAGAGAACGUGCUACGGCAACUCUUGGACAGGAUGCAACGGAUGGAAGAAAGAAUCAAUCAACAACUGACAACUCUAGGAGAAGAAAACCAAAAUCGUGCAAAAGAAAUCCAAAAUAUUGCAGAGCGGCUGAAACUGGUCACCCUCACUGAAGACGCGUCUACUAUUUCGAGGAUCACCAGACGAAGCGGCGGAGAUCAAGAUAAUCAACAAGAAGGUCAAAUGCAUACGGCCCGACAACCACCCCAAAAUUCAACAAUCAGGCCAAACGAACUGAUGAAAGCAGUUGAUGCCAUUCGAACCAUCGAGACCUUACGAGGACGAGAUGAUGUAGGAGUUGAAGAUUUUAUCAAAUCAGUCAGGUAUGCCAGGAGUAAUUGUUCUGAGAAAACAUUAUUACUAAAAUUAAUUCUGAUCGAAAAAAUUACGGAAAAUGCAAAAAGAAGUAUUCGAUACACGUCAAUUGAAACGUAUAAAGAACUUUACGAAGUACUCCGUCAAAACGUUUCAAUACCUAAUACUGUUAGUAGUUGCCGUAAUAAGUUACAGCAAAUACGGCAAGGAGCAACGGAAACAGUACAGUCUUAUAACCUACGAUUUAGACAACAACUCAACGAAUUAAUUUACGCCGUUCAAAAUAAACACCAAAAUCCAAUUUCAAGAAGAAUAGCUAUAGAAGAAGAAGAAACAGAAGCUACUCGAACAUAUGUGCUCAAUCUCCGCAGGGACAUAGGCAUGCUCGUAAUACCAAGUAAACCGAAAUUAUUAAUGGAGGCACAAACAAUGGCAGCCGACAUGGAACUGUGGACUCGCGACGCGAAUCGUGCAAUGGAGCGUCGACAAGUACCAUCCAGAAUUCCUCCGCCUAAACAACAGGGGCAACGCCCAAGUACAUUGAGUUGCAUUGAACUUGUCGCAAUGAAGUUGGCCACGCAUUCAUUCACCGACACGGCGUGAAUGCGUUAGUGAAUUUGUAGCCAAGUUCACUGCGACAAGUUCAAUGCAACUCAGUGUACAUCAAGUGACCGACCAAACCACUCGAUACCUUUGAAAUGUACAAAGUGCGGAAGAUUAGGACACACCAGUGACAAGUGCUACGCUCGAAAUUUUCAAGUGGCCAACCAGGGAAAAAUUCCACCACCAAGAGUGAACAAUCUCAAUUUUCAAGAGAACAA